AAGAAGGCAUGUUGCACUAAAGAGUCUAACGUUAGAGCACUAAACAAUGUUUUAAAUUAAGUUUGCCGUUCCGCCGUGGAAGGUGAGGGCGCUCCUUCCAGUCCACCGAUGCUUUUACACAGACUGUCUGACCCCCCACCAACAAUCCACUUCCUCUUUUGUGUAAUUUCAUGGCGAUCGGGAGAGAGGGAACACCACCGACGCACGCACACUGCCUCAGCACUCUUGAAAGAGUUUAUCCGGGUGUAAACUAAGUUGUCAAUCUGACUGGCACAACGGACAUUGUUCUCCAGGUGAAACUAAGUGGACAACAUUAAAGGGGCUCCAUUGCACUUGGAUCUGUUCUUCUCUGUCCCAGGUUCAGACUGCGUGGUCUAUGGCUCUGAUGGACAAACACAAACAGGUCAAGCGGCAGAGACUUGACCGCAUUUGUGAGGGUAUCCGACCCCCCAUCCUGAACGGGCCAAUGCACCCGCGGCCCCUGGUUGCCCUGCUGGACGGGCGUGACUGCACUGUGGAGAUGCCCAUCCUCAAAGAUGUGGCCACAGUGGCCUUCUGCGAUGCCCAGUCCACACAAGAGAUUCAUGAGAAGGUGCUAAAUGAGGCAGUUGCUGCCCUGCUCUACCACACCAUCACUCUGUCCAGAGAUGACUUGGAAAAGUUUAAAGGCCUACGCGUAAUUGUCAGGAUUGGCUCCGGCUUCGACAAUGUUGACAUCAAAGCAGCUGCUGAGCUAGGCAUUGCUGUCUGUAACGUGCCAGCAGCGUCUGUGGAGGAGACAGCCGACACUUCGCUAUGUCUGAUCCUCAACCUGUACAGGCGAGUCACCUGGAUGCACCAGACCCUCAGGGAGGGAACCCGUGCCUCUAGUGUGGAGCAGAUCAGGGAGGUUGCUGGCGGUGCUGCUCGUAUCCGGGGCGAGACGCUGGGCAUUAUCGGUCUAGGGCGGGUUGGCCAAGCGGUGGCUCUGCGGGCUAAGGCCUUUGGUUUUGGCGUGAUCUUUUAUGACCCCUACCUGCCUGAUGGUGUGGAGCGCUCACUGGGACUUCAGCGCAUGGCCACUCUGCAGGACCUGCUUAUCCACUCUGAUUGCGUGUCCCUGCACUGCAGCCUCAACGAGCACAACCACCACCUCAUUAAUGACUUCACCAUCAAACAGAUGCGUCAGGGAGCCUUCCUGGUGAACACGUCAAGAGGAGGUCUGGUUGACGAGAAAGCGUUGGCUCAGGCCCUGAAAGAGGGGCGGAUACGAGGGGCUGCCCUGGACGUCCAUGAGACAGAACCUUUCAGUUUUUCAACAGGUCCUCUGAAGGAUGCCCCCAACCUGAUCUGUACCCCGCACACAUCCUGGUACAGUGAGCAGGCCUCUGUGGAGGCUCGCGAGGAGGCAGCCAGGGAGGUUCGCCGCGCCAUCACGGGGCGUAUCCCUGACAGUCUGAAGAACUGCGUUAAUAAGGAGUAUCUGAUGGCAGCCUCUCAGUGGCCCAGCAUUGAGGCAGCUACUGUUCACCCAGAACUUAAUGGAGCCACUUACAGAUUUCCUCCAGGUCUGAUCAAUGUUGCAGCAGCAGGGGGUCUCCCAGGAGCUGGCACAGGGGUUGAAAGCCUUGUCUCAGGAACCCUGGCGCAUGGCAUCACCCCUGUCUCGCACCCCCCUCACGCCCCCUCCCCUAACAAGGCCGAAGCCGACAGAGACAUCCCCUCCGACCAAUAGCCCCCCCUGCCGUCGCUAGCACAUUCCGUCGCCUCUGGAAACCUCCUCCCAUCCCCACCUCCCAGCAUCAGACACAGCCCGACCCUCCAGUACAUCGGCAGCGCCAGUUUGACCUGAUGUGGAUCUACAGUCUUGUUCCUCAGAUCACAUAACCAGCCCAGGAGUGACCUAUCCACAGCUAGUCCCAUCCCAUCCACACCCAUCCCUCCAUCCUCGUCCUCAUAUCAGCCACUCACCUGCCAUCCCCUCCCCCCCUUCACUCCCCAACAACGUCAGCAAUAACUGUGUUCUCAAGGAUUCAAUGAUUUGAUUGGUUUAUAUCCUUAGUUGGCUGUUGUUUUUAAUGGAAAGGUGACCUGUUGUGGUUAUAGGUAUUAAUGUUUGUUUAAAAAAAAAAAAAAAAAAAAAAAGUUGCAUUUCUGACUUGAGGCUUUACAGUCUGCUGCCUCCUGCAGGCCUCCUCUGACUCUAACCAUAGAGCACAGAGGCAGAAAGGUUGAAGCUCCCCUUUGUACAUUAAUGGCUCGUGUUACUGCUCUUUUCUUCUUUUCUUUUUUUUCCUCCCCCCCCCAACCUUUCUUGUGAUGGGGGGGAAAUGUGUACUAAAGUAAACCAGACAGAAUCACAAACAGUACAUCCUGUCCUCCCCGCCAGGUGUCUAGCUACCCCUCAGCACAGUUUUAGCUCUCCCUGGCAGUGUCGUCCGCUUGCUCAGCAGAAAACAAAACAUAAUGCUAUCUGUGUGGAGCUCUGUCAGACUAUCAAAGUAUAUUGUAUCUGCUCAGCUCAUGCUUAGUGAUACCCAACAUGCUUUACUGCUGUGACGUUCUAGUUUAAGGACAGUCAACCGGGUUUUUACAAACGCUUUGCCCCUCAUGGAUUGUUUUGUCGUGAGAUAAGUGUUUUAUCAGAUAGCACCUAGGCAUGAAUGUUAUCUCAUGCCAGCAGCAGGAGUGCUAUGUCUGAGCUCUUUACAUAUGGUGCCCACACGGAAUCAAACGCUGCAGCCGUUUCUGGCUGGAAAUCGGCAGCAUGCCAGAGGCCUCGCCAGCAGAGGGCACUGUCUAACUGCUCAGAGCUGAGAGAGAGUUGCACGCAGCUAACUUCAGUCAGACAGACAGUUACACGUUAGCUGUAGUGAUGAAGAACAUGAUCACACACUGCCAACAUUCAGAACACAAGAUGGGUGACCAGGGAUCGACUACCGCCUUAUUGUUUAAUAAGAUCUCACUGCACCCUGCCACUACCCUGCACCCACCCACCCUCCCUCCACUCCUCUCCCACUGUCAUGGCCCACCCUACACAUCUGCUCAUGAACCAGUAUGCAUCCACCAAUUCCUUUAAGCGUAAGGGGACAGUAGAGUUUAGUUUCUCUGUAGGAGCAAGGGGACAGUGUUCUUGCAUGCUGGCUUUGUUAAUGACAGUGGUAUGCGUGCGUGUGUGUGCGCGUACAUUUGUGUGUACAUGGGUGUGUGUGGGGGUUUUGUAUGUGCGUUUGUCUGUUCCCUCACCCUGUUAUGAUAACAAGCUAUGGUCUUUCCAAAGGAAUAGUCCCUUAGGAUUAACUCUUUAACGCUGUUGCCCUGGUGUCAAGGGAACACCUUUCUAGUACCUCAGUAACAGAUAUUGAAUGUACCGUGCAUACCCUUUUAUUUUUUGUACAGAUUUUCUAGAUACUUCUUUACUAUUCUUUACCAGAAGGGUUGUGAAAUUGUAGCAGUAAUGAUACAAUGGAAAAAAAAAAGCAUUGCCCCAUGAAAUGAAAUUAAUUGACAAAAUCCUUUUAGGUUCGCUAUAGGUCACUGAAUACUCAGGCUUCGAAACCAAUGCGUAUCUCUUUGCCUUUACCUUUUAUUUCCUCAUUGUGGAGACUUCAGCAACGCUUUCCCAUUCUUAAGACUUCAGACUGUAGUUGACGUGUUUCAACCUCCAUCUUACUGGCUAUUGAAAAAGAAGGAAAAAACAAAAGGCGGUUGUCGUGGUCUGCUUUUUUUUUAAAAAAACAAUUUUUUUUUAACUGAACAGUAGAUAGUUUUGUUUUUACCCCCCUUCAUUGUCAAGCUGCUCUAUCUAUAGUGCAUGUGAGGUAAUUCUUUAGGGGAAAUACUAUUGGCUUAACGAAUUUGUGUCAUCUUGCUGUUUCCCGCUGCUCCCUGGCCUUUCCCCCUCAGAGUGUUUUCAACCCGAGUUGCCAUUUUUGUCGUGGUCAGUUUCCAGUGAUGUACAGUUUUCCCUCAGAGUCUAUGCGAGACAUGGAGCAUGUCUGUGUCCUGAGAUGUUAGGCUCCUCUGUCAUGUGAUGAGUAUAUAUUUUUUAAAAAUAACCCCCAUAGUUUGGAUUAUGAGCAUAAUAGUAAUCUUAAAUUUUGCUGUUGAUGAUUAUAUAUAUAUAUUUUUCAGUUCAGCAGUGCACUGUUAUGAAAACCAUUCUGUUUUAUUGUAGGAUUUCAUUUUUAUGGAUCUGCUGUCUGUGUUCUACAUGUUGUACUGAAACAUUUCGGAGAAAAAAAAAACAAAAGAUCCCUCUCCUGGUGAUUUCUUUAUAUAUUUUUUUUUUUAUUUGUCUUAUCCCAACUGUCUUUUCCAGCUGAUAUCCUCUGGGCCUUACUUAUUCUCUCCCUGUAAAAUUAACUGUUAUAGAAAGUCGCCAUGGAACCACUCACUGCCUUAAUACAGUUGACCACAGCAGGUGAAGUCAGGAGACGCAUCCAGUUGAAAAGAACGGGCCAUGAUCGAAUCCGUUUGGCAAAAAGAUCCUCACACCCUGGCCGGCUUAAAUCUGCAGCACCUUGUAUUUCUUUUUCACUGAUGAACCACAUUUAGCCUUGUUUUGGGCUCAAACACAUACAUCAAGUGUGAAUUGUUACUGUGCAUUAAUAAGAUGUUAUAUUUUUCUUUUCUAACUUUGAAUAGUUAAGUCAGCUUGGCAGUGUGUGUGUGUGCGCAUAGGCUAACAGAUAAGCACAAUGUGUAUGCUCACAAAGCCACAGCUGAUAUUUCACUCUUGGGUGUGAGAAUGCCCCCACUCACCACCACCACCACCACUCUGGGGCUCUUAAAGCAUCUUUCACAGUGCUGCCAGAGCCCCAGUGGGGCUUGGAGGGGGAGGGCAUAGAAAACACUGAUGUGGUCUGUCAAAAAGGAAAAAAGCUGAAAAUUACGAUGAGAAUCGGUCACUUUUUCUCUCUCAGGGUUCAAAUGCACACAUAUCCUCCAGCAGUCACCCUCUGUCUCGUCUCCCUCGUCCCAAGUAUUCUGCCCUCAGAAUGUAAAACAACGGCGUUUAAAAAAAAAAAAAAAAAUUAAAAUAAACGCUCUCCCCUCGGUC